AUGGACACUUGCGAGAAAGACACCCCCUUGCUUCCGGCUGUCAGCAAGGCAUUAACCCAAGCCGCUAAUUUCACUUUCCACCAUACCCGACAAGAUGGCCAUUGGUAUGGUGAGCUUGUGGCCAACCCAUCUCUCACGGCUGAAUACAUCACUCUCCUUUACGCCUUGCAACUACCCGUCGCAGAGCCGAAUCGUUGGAUUUCAUGGCUCCUAUCGGAACAAAAACCCGAUGGAUCAUGGGGUCUUGUUCCGGAGAUGCAGGGGGAUGUUUCAAUGACGGUGGAAUCUUAUCUGGCCCUCAAGGUCUUGGGUCUCUCACCAAAUGAACCUUGUCUGCUGACAGCACGAGAUUUCAUUCUCUCGGUUGGCGGUGUUGCAAAGGUUCGGAUCUUCACUCGGUUCUACCUCGCUAUUUUCGGUCUAUUUCCUUGGAAUGCUCUACCUGAGCUCCCACCGGAGUUGAUUCUCGUCCCAACAUCAGCGCCAGUCAGUAUAUAUUACAUGGCAUCCUGGGCUCGCGAUACAGUCAUCCCGUUACUUCUUAUUUCUUACCAUCGCCCUAUUUUCCGUCUACCGAAUGGCCGAUCAGAAUCAAAUGAUUACCUUGAUGAGCUGUGGUGCAUGCCAGCAGCCAAGGUGGUGGCAUAUUCGCCCGGUCUAUGGGAUUUAUGGAAAACGGACUUGACCGGACUCUUCUUCGCCGGGGCGGAUAAGAUCCUCCACGGUAUCGGCGGAUUAAUGCGGAGCUAUUCACCCAUACGAUCAUACGCUCGACGAAAAUGUGUCUCUUGGGCCUUGGAGCACCAAGAGGAAGAAGGAGGGUGGGGAGGUAUCUUCCCCCCGAUGUAUGGUGGUGUGUUGGCUCUGUUCCUGGAGGGAUUUCCACUCUGUUCUGAUCCCGUACGGCGGGGAUUAGAGGCCACGGAAGGAUUUCUCUGGAGUGACGGUGUAGGCAAGCGAAUGCAGGGCUGUAUUUCGCCCAUGUGGGAUACAAUUCUUAUGAGUAUCGGCUUGCUGGAUGCUGGGCUACCGGGAGACCAUCCAUCCGUUCAGAAAUCCCGGAUCAAAGCGCGACAGCAAUUAGGUCCUCACGGGGACUGGCGAGUACUGCGCCCGCAUAUCCGGGCUGGCAGAUUCAGCUUUGAGUACUUUCAUGUCUGGAAACCGGAUACGAACGAUACAGCCGCUGCCGUACUAGCAAUGGUCAAGCAGGAUCCUACUUCAAUGGGCUCGACGCCGGUUCUAUAUGCAUUGCAGUGGAUUCUAGGAAUGCAGAAUCCAGAUGCUGGAUGGGGUGCAUUCGACUAUACGAAUGACAAGUUAUUCUUCAAUAAGAUCCCUUUCAGCGACAUGGAAGCCAUGUGUGAUCCCUCGACAGCAGACGUUACCGGCCGGAUACUCGAAGCAUUCGGUCUUCUCCUGCAAGCAAAGGGUAAACAUACCGUACCCGGAGAACUCCAAGGAGCUAUGAUUGUAUCCUCAACACGAGCCUUACACUACCUUUCCUCCGAACAAGAACCAACCGGCGCAUGGUAUGGUCGCUGGGGCGUCAACUACAUAUACGGCACCAGCAACGUCCUAUGCGGACUGGCCUACUUCAACACGAAAGAAAGGAUCUACAACGGAGUGCAAGAACAAAUCCAAUCCGGACUCCACUGGCUGGUCUCAACCCAAAACCCCGACGGCGGCUGGGGCGAAACAGUAGAAACAUACCGCCAUCCAAACCUCGCAGGCCAUGGCCUUUCAACGGCCUCUCAGACGUCUUGGGCACUUAUGGGUCUCCUGGCGCAUCUUCCUCCAACAGAUCCGGCUAUCAGACGUGGGAUUCAAUAUCUUCUGCAGAAUCAGGCGUCGAAGGAAGGGUGCCCCGGGGAAUCGUGGCAUGAGACGGCGUUUACGGGAACAGGGUUCCCGAAUUAUUAUUAUAUGCGGUAUUCGUUUUAUUCGCAUUAUUUUCCUAUAAUGGCUUUGGGGAGGUAUGCGAGGUUGAUGGAGUGUAAGGUAUCGAAAGAUGUUGAUCUUGAUAAAAUAUAGUUAAUAUACGAUGAUAUUCUCAUCUCGCCCGCAAAUCCCCCGUCUUCAUUCGACGGCCUGGAGAUCUACAAAACAAUUCUUUGGGUACUCAUCCUGAUCUGCCAUAAUUACUCCCCGUACGGUCACGAAAAAGGGCAGUCAAUCGAGGACCCAAUGAAUUGUCGCAGGCAAAGUGAACAUUUGACUCGCUAAUCUGACCUGCUGGCGCAACCAUAGAAUGGUAGGUUUCACAUACAUGUCAUGUGUGCCGCCUUACAUCAGGUGCUGUCAAAUAGUAUCUAAUAGAGAUGACGCCGACACUAGUUAUUAGACAUCAAUCUAUAGAAAGAUACUUGUGGC